AGCCGUAAGUAGGAGGGCUGGAAAAGCUGGAGCUGGAAUCAGAACUGGAGUAGCCGCCCCGGCACCGGCGUUUGGACGCCAGGACUCCGGGCUGGGCGCAGGUGGCCCCGGGGUUGAGCCCACUGUCUCGAGAAGUGUGGUGGCAGGUGUGUAGAGUGGCAAGGAGUCCUUCAGGAUAAGAUCGCUUCUCCAUGAAAUCUCUUAAUGAGUUGUGGAUUCUAUUGUUGGUCCAUCUGCUUCCUCCAAAAAUACACCACCUGAGGUACACUGUUCUCUGGAAAGGACUAAUCAUAUCAGAAUGAAAGGAAGCUGCUGGGAAGACUGUGGUGUGUGGAAACUCGGAGAACGAUAGCGUUCGAUUCUAUCGACUUCUGUGAUCCCGCUAUGGUGAAAAAUGUUUCGAAAAGGCAAAAAGCGCCACAGUAGUAGCAGUUCCCAAAGUAGUGAAGUCAGUACAAAGAGCAAGUCUGUAGAUUCUAGUCUUGGGGGUCUUUCACGAUCCAGCACUGUCGCCAGCCUCGAUACAGAUUCCACCAAAAGCUCAGGUCAAAGCAACAAUAAUUCAGAAACCUGUGCAGAAUUUCGAAUAAAAUACGUUGGUGCCAUUGAGAAACUGAAACUCUCUGAAGGAAAAAGUCUUGAAGGGCCAUUAGACCUGAUAAAUUAUAUAGAUGUUGCCCAGCAAGAUGGAAAGUUGCCUUUUGUUCCUCUGGAGGAAGAAUUUAUUAUGGGAGUUUCCAAGUAUGGUAUAAAAGUCUCAACAUCAGAUCAGUAUGAUGUUUUGCAUAGACAUGCCCUGUAUUUAAUCAUCCGGAUGGUGUGUUACGAUGAUGGCCUGGGGGCUGGAAAAAGCUUACUAGCUCUCAAGACUACAGAUGCAAGCAAUGAAGAAUACAGCCUGUGGGUUUAUCAGUGCAACAGCCUGGAGCAAGCACAAGCAAUCUGCAAGGUUUUAUCCACGGCUUUUGACUCUGUGUUAACCUCUGAGAAGUCCUGAACUCUGCAGUCAAGUGGAAGCCACCUUCAUCUGAGAGACCAACCAUUUUCUAAAUCAUUCUGCUUUCAGUCUGCAAUGCUGAACUAUUACGGAAAUAGGGAGUGAUGCCCUGAUUCAAUUUUCUGAGGAAAGUAUGAUGUAUAAAAUAUCAAUUAUUUUUACAUUAAAUUGUGUUCUGAUAAACAGCAAAUUAACUCUCAAUAAACUGUCUAGUUUCUGGGAUAAGAAAAAACCUCAGUUGUCAUUUUAAAAUGCAAGAAGGCUUAAUACUGAAGUGCAUGUUGACUCUGAAUAGUAACAUAGAGGACCCGUCUGUGAAAGACUGAUUAAACCUGCCCCAUGUGGCUGGCUUCCCACUGGUUUGGAGCGGGGAGCCACUUUCUGCUGGC